AUGUCGUCGCAUAGUCAACGAGGCAAAGUGAAGACUAUUCCUCGUAACCGAAGUCAGCGUAUGCCCGUUGCUCCAGCCAGUUUCACGAAAGGUGUUUCCGGACAGACCGAAGAUAACUUAGGUAUUUUUUCAAAUUCGGAGUUGACGUAUGCUUUGGGACGUCAUGUUGUUGGAAACAUAGGUGAAGUGAUGACCGUUGAUAACGAGCGAAUACUCGGUGUUAUCAAGGCUGUAUCUCCGGAUGGUGCUAUGUGUUUAACUUACGCGUACAGCACUCAGCGUAGCAAAAAUGGUCAAAUUGGUGAUGAGGUAAAAACGGAUGCUGAGUUAGCGGCAGAAUGUGAUUUGACACGUGCCGCUUCGCCUGAUAAGGAACUUGUUCCGUUUUUCGAACCGUCGGAGACAGUCAAGGAUUGCUCUUUGGACGAAGGUGGAUUCCCUGCUGACGAAAUGUUCAAAACCAAUAAAGAGUUGUUUUCUGUUUCUUCGACGUACAAUGCUGAUCUCAGGGAGUACACUACUCCUGUAGAUCGGAAUGCACCUAACUUUUCCGAAACGGAGGCACGGUGUGCUAAGCUGGCUGAAGAUAUCGAGCGGAAUCAAUCUCCGGGAGCUCAGCUAGAAGGCGUUUCUGAUGAUGAAGAGCAGGCAUUCAGUGCUGUUACGCGUGAAGUUAAAGAGCAGGCGUCUACCAUACAACAUAACCGGCGCCCUCGUCCAGGCCGACAACGCCCCAUCGCUCGAUCCAGCGCAGUUAACAGCGUCACCAACGAUUUAAACCGUGUAACUGUAAGCGGACAGAAACCGGUUGAAGCUCGAAAAGAUGACCAGGAUGUUUCAAGUGUCACAACCGACGUGGAACCAGUCGUACACGAUACAGCACCUACUUCCACUAAGACGACAGAGGUUAAAGUGAAUGAAGUGGAGGUACCAGAACCAGUGGUCGCUAAGCCUUCAACAACUGCAGAAUCUCCCACCACUCCUGCGCCAACUACAACUGUUACAUCUACGUCUGAAACCAAAGUUAAGAAGUCCACUUUAGAUCCGAAUGCUCCGCUUUUCCACCCGAUGGGAAUACAAUACGCGAUUCCACAACAUUUACAACAACCACUACCUCAAACACAGCCGGUGCCUUACUCUGCCCCAUCAGCGGUGGUUAGUGUAUCACAUCCUGUCACUUUUGCCGUGCAGACCCUACCGGCGCUCAUCAGUGCUCAACAAGCCCAAAGGUUCGCGGUUACUAUGCCUUAUGUGUCUCAUUCGAACCAACUUCCACAUUUGGUUCCAACUAUGAUGUCCGGACCAGUGCCAGGGAAUAUGCAUCAGCAAAUGCGUGCUGGGUCGCUACCACCCGGUUUACACCAACAGGGAUUUCAAGCUGCCCUCAAUUCCGGAGCUAAUAUUUUUCUGCAACACCCACAACAGCCUGACCAUGGCCAUCCAAUUCCAAUCUUCCAGUAUGCCCCGGGUUUGAUGUUUGCCCCCAACCAACCGAACGCUGGCUAUUAUCCUUCUCCUGCGAUGUUGGCUGCACCUAACUCGAUCAAUCCGGCCGGCGUUCUACCAAUGGUAAACCAAUCCGCGUCCAACGCUCAGCCGCCACCAGGUGGACAUCCACAGGGCACUGUAGAUCCUUCGUUGCUUAAUUCACAGCAGCUGUCGAAUGCGCAAUUCCAGCAGAUGACCUGUCAGCCUCAGCAUCUUCUACCGCAGUUUAAUGCUGCGCAAGCGCAAUUUGUGCAUGCACAACAACUGAACGCGAAUCAGCAUCUCAACCAACAAGCGAUGACCCAGAGUGCCUAUCAAGCAAUGGCUGCCAUAGCUUCCGGUGGUGCUGCCAAUCUCUCUCAGGGCCAUUGA